AUGGCCAGCCUGGCUUUGUAUGAUGGUGCCUAUGCCAUAGCGUAUACUACCUUCGCUUUGGGUCUCUUGACCACAGUCCUGAGAUACUAUGCGCAUCUUGUGAUCACGAAGUCAUGGGGUCCUGACGACUCUGCAUCCGUCGUUGUCCUUCGAUGCUCGUGCAACAGGGUUUGCUUCAAGUGCUUCUUAGUGGAGGUUGUGGAUUGUACGCUGCUCUUCAAGGCCCGUGAAACGUUCUACAGAGUGCUGAUGGUCAUAUUCUCCGAGGAAAUUGUUGUAUACACGUUACACUUUGUGAUCAAGAUCACUUUUCUCCUUUUCUUCCUUCGGAUAUGGACAAGCUCUGGGUCUCGCAAAUUCGUCUUCGUGGGACUGGCUGUCAACGGCUCCAUAUUCCUAUCCAACAUACUCCUCACAUGCCUUCAGUGCAAUUCCUUCCAAGCAAUAUUUGACCCAGCAUCGGCACCCAACGCGGUAUGCCUGGACCAGCUUACGGUCCUGAUUAUCCCUCCUGUCCUUAACAUUGCCAUGGACCUCUACAUCCUGGCCCUCCCAGUCGCCGUGGUCUGGAGCCUGCAGAUCUCCACCCGGAAGAAGCUGCAGAUCAUCUUCGUCAUGAGCUUCGGGCUCUGCUCGGUGGUCGUGGCCUGUGUCCGCCUGUCCGUCAUCCCCUCGCUGGUGUCGGGUCCCAACGAGACACGCCAGCUCGAGGAGAUCAUCAUCGCGGCCAUCGAGAUACAAUCCGCAAUAAUCGCCAUGAAUUUACCGUCGAUGAAGGCCAUCUGGGCCCGGUACUACCAUAAGCAUGGUGACUCAGGCGCAACCAGCGGCUCCGAGUCGCGCCUAAAAUCUUACGAGCUCGCGUCCACGAUGAAAAGCUCACGAAGCGCCUAUUAUGUGGAGGCAAGCUCGAGGUCUCAGGAGAAGCCGGAUACGGUUUCACGGCCUGUACAAGGCAGCACGCGCUCGGGGUCGGAGGAGAGACUCUUUCAAGGCCCAGAUGAUAGUCGGCUCUGGCCGUUCAUCUCGAGGGACAGCGAGCAGCCGAUACUAGAGGCCACACUGUCGAACCAGCCAGGAGUUUAUGUCACAAGGCGGUUUGAGUCCUCGAUUUUGCAAUGA